AGUAUGAAAAAAUAUUAAAGAAAAAACAGACCUCCUUAUAGAAGAUAUGUGUUAGUAAGAUUACGAGAUCGCGCCCCGUUUUUUCUAUUCUUAUAGUCGGAACACGACUAUAUACUACGGUAAAUUGAAAAAAUUGACAAACACUUACUAAACAAAAGGAAAUUAAUAUACUUAAACUGGAUAUAUUUAUAAAAGGAGGAUAACGAAAAAGUUUUAUAAAGAGGAUAUCAAUAGUAUUAGAAGACGAAGAAGACGGGAAAUACAGAAUAUCAGAAGGAGUUAAUAUUAUAAAAAUCUUUUUUUUUUUAAAAAAAAAGGAGAAAAAGAGAGAUUUUAAUAGAUAUUAUAUAGUUUAAAAAGUAAAAUAAAAAAGACUACAAAAGAAGGAAAGAAGGAGGAGACGCUUAAAUAAUUAAUUAUGAAGUAUUUGGUUGUCUAUUUAGUUUGCAGUUUAAACAUACUGCAGUUUGUUUACGCUGAUUUAUUACAAUUGGACAAAACUUUUCCUUACGUUUCUAAACCAAUCGAUUCUUAUUCAUUUAACUGCCCAAACGAUUGGACAUCGAGGGGGCCGAAUUGCUACAAAUCCUUCCAAAUUCCUUUGUCACAUGCCGAAGCUCAAAGUGAAUGCCAAAGAUUCGGUGCCGGAUUAGUAACUGUUGUAGGCGUUCAUGAGAAUACAUUCGUGACGUCUUCCUAUCUGGAUAGUACAGAAAUCUGGAUAGAAAGUCCUCAAUCGUCAUCCAUUGGCUUUUGGGACGUUAAUCAGCCAGAUAAAAAAUCUGGUAACUGUAUAUUUCUAGUCCGUAUUAAUUCGGCUGGAGAAUUUAGUUGGCGUUACGGAGAUUGUGACCAGCGUCGAGUGUUUGUCUGUUCCAAGCCAGCAUGCCUUUCCAACCAAUUCGCCUGUGGAAAUGGAAGGUGUAUAAAUAAUAAGUUAGUAUGUGAUGGAACGGAUGAUUGUAAUGAUUCAACUGACGAAUUUGUCGCUAAACAAGAAUGUUAUAAUAGAUGUCACUACUUCCGUACGUCAACUUCGGGUGUAAUAAGUGGGCUUGGUUAUAAGGAGAAAUCAUUUUGCCAAUGGCUAAUCGAAGUCAAAUACGGAUCAAAAGUUCUGUUAAAUUUCACCUCAAUCCAAACAGAAGCGGGUGCCGAUUACAUAGAAAUAUGGUCUGGAGGUUAUUCUACGGACACUGCUGAAUUCGUUUAUAGCACGCAAGGAGAGCCUAAAAUUGCAGACAUCCCACAGAUUUUAUCUGAUAAUCACCUUAUACUUAUACGCUUUUUCUCCGAUCGUUCAAGAAACGAACCGGGCUUUAAACUGACUUAUUCUAGCGUUUUACCCUAUGCUACCGGUCAAAUUACACCUCUGGUCGCUGAUUUUAACACAAAAUCCUUAAAAUCGCCUUAUUUCGAUGAUCCGCUAGGCUAUCCAAUGAAUUUAAAAUACUGGUGGGUUAUUGAAUCUUUACCAGCAACGGUUAUAACUGUUCAAAGGGUUACGGUCGAUUUGGGUGACGGCGAUACCCUAAAAAUAUACGAUGGACCUUCUCCCAUAAAUUCAGAUCUAAUAGCAACAUGGCCACAAGAUGAUAGUAUUGAAUUUAUUGUAUCCACAUCGAAUAAAGUGUACAUUAAACUUGAGACAGUGUCGUUUAGAAGAGGGAAAGGUUUUGAACUUGAAUAUAAAUUAGGUUGUCGAAAUAUCAGAACUAAAAAUUCAUAUGGUAUUAUAAACAGUCCUGGUUUUGGGAGGAAAAAUUAUCCAAUCCUUCAAAACUGCGAUUACCAAAUUACCCAUCCACUUGGUCAAGGAUUAUCUAUAGUAUUUCUAUCAACGGCUAAUUUUUCUUUAUACCAAAUUGCUCCAUAUAGUGAAACGUUAAAUGUAUGGCGAGAGUCUACUGAUGAUUCUAAUCAAAAUUUAGAAACUCAGUUCAAAACAAAAAAUGAUUUAAAGACUCUGUUUGCGUCAAAUGGCAAAUUCUUUAUUAGAUUUAAGUCUGAUGGUUUUGGUACUUCUUCUGGAUUUUCACUUGCAUAUACAGUUAAUUGUCCAUCUUUGUCAAUUGUUGGAGGGCUUCGAGUUUUAGGCACUUAUAAUACAAGAUUCGGUUCCAAAUUCUCUCUAAAAUGUGCCAGUAGCUAUAGUUGGGCAAAUGAAGAAUUCGAUGGUUUAGAUGAAGUUAAUAUGGAGUGUUUAGUUGGUGGUAAAUGGAAUGUUAGGAGUUUUCCCAUAUGUCAAAACAUAUACUGCGGUCGUCCUCCCAUUAUACAAAAUGGUUUUAUAACUAGUAUAUCAACCGUUCUAUAUCAAUCAAUUGUUUAUUAUGGGUGUAAUAGUGGUUAUAGUAUUCGCAAUUCUCCAGUUACUUGCCAAAGUACUGGAAAAUGGAAUAGAAUACCAUACUGUUAUUCGAAUCCGUGCAGUUCACUCAGCGUUUCUGGUGGUAGUUGGAUAACAAUCAGAGGGGAAUCUUAUCAAGAGAACAAUAUUGCUAAAUUAUUUUGCAAUCCUGGUUAUGAAUAUUCAGCAUCGGGCUCUCCGAUAGUACUAUGUAAAGGAGGAAAUUGGGACAAAUCUCGAGCUACUUGUACAAAACGAAAAUGUAAAGUACCUGAGCCAAUUGUAAAUGGAAAUUUCAACAGACAGCAAGAUAGUCUAAUUAGUUAUGAAGAUAGAGUUACGAUCACGUGUAAAACUGGUUUUGUUAUAAAUGGAACAAACUACAUUGCUUGUCAAGAGAAUAAUAAUUUUACAGCAUCCCCAGAGUGUAUAGAUAAAGAUGAGUGUCUUGUGACAAAUCAUGGAUGCCAAGAUAAAUGUAUCAAUACGAUUGGAAGUUACAAAUGCGAAUGUAAUCCUGGUUAUAGAUUAAAGAAUGAUAAGAAAACUUGCGAAGAUAUCGAUGAAUGUGCCGAAACACCUAAUAUCUGUCAUCAUAAUUGCACUAAUAAAGUUGGAUAUUAUCAAUGUUCAUGCAUAGACGGAUAUGAGAUUUUUACUAAAACCAGUCAAAAUGGCUUCUACGUUCCUAUCGAUGAGACUGGCAAUGACCCAUGGAAUCUUUAUCACUUUAAUCAUACUUGCAUUCCUCUUGAAUGUCCAAAAAGCCAUAUUGCUUCUAUCAUUAGCGGAGGCUACGGUUAUCUACUUAAUCCUAAAGAAAGGUAUCAUUACGGUGACUCAGUUGAAUAUUACUGCAGAAUUGGAUAUGAGCCAAAAGAAAAUAAGACACUAGUAUGUACUUCCGACGGAACUUGGAGCGGAAGUGUUCCAACUUGUAAAGUUGCAUCGUGUCCUAUAACAAUCCCUGAUAAUUUGACAAAUCCCGCCGAACCGGUUGAUCCAAAUAUCAAAACAAUUGAUUAUUACAGCGGCUCAUCGCCACCCGAAGCUUUAUUCAUAUGCAAAGUUCCAGGUAACCCUAUAGAAGAAAAAAGAAGGAGACGCUGCCUCUAUGACUAUACGAGUAAAGAGUACAAACUACAGGGAGAUGAUUUAGAAUGCAAUUUUAUUGAUUGUGGUAAUCCAGCUGAGUUAAUAAACGGACUUGACGAUUCAAUUAAAUUACCUAAUUUUACUUAUGGAAUGCAAUUUCAGUUCAAGUGUAAAAAAGGUUUCAACGUAUUAGGCGGAGAGGAAAAUACUGAAAUCAAAUGCGAAGCAAAUGGUCUAUGGAAUUUCACUAACAUUCGUUGUAUUCCACAAUCAUGCUCAGAUCCUGGUACCCCUAUCCACGGCGAACAAUUUGCUAACUCCUACGACGUUGGUGAAUUAGUCACCUAUAAUUGUACGAAGAGAGGAUUUCAAUUAUCUAAUCCUUAUCCACUGGAAUGUAUUUCGCAAAAUGAUAAAUCUGUUGCUUUUAAUCAGAGUAAACCGUCUUGUAUUGAUGUCGAACCACCUCGAUUUAUUAACUGUAAUACAAAGGUUAAAGAACAAUGGAGAAUACUAUUAUACGAUAUACCUUACUAUAAACCACCUAUAGUCACGGAUAACGAUGGAGUUCAAUCGAUAAGAUUAGUAGGUGGAGGAAUAAAUGAUAAACUUCCUUUAAGACAGGGCUACUCAAAUAUUAAAUGGGUUGCUAAAGAUUAUAGCAAUAAUCAAGCUGAAUGUCUAGUUGAUGUUGUUUUAGGAGAUCGAAAACCACCAACUAUUCCAACCUGUCCAGAUGAUUUUUACUUAUAUGUAGAAGAUCCUGAUAUUGAUUAUAUUAAUAAUACAAUCUUUGGAACCUAUUCAUCUUCUGACAACAUUGUUAAAGAAUGGACAGAACCCUCUGCCAUUACCUAUAACUCAAGUAUGCUUCAAGAUAAUAUAGUAGUUAAAUAUACUAUAGAAAAUAGCGAUGGCGUUAGAUCUUCUUGCCAAUAUAAUGUUGAAAUAAAAGAAACGCACUGUAAUACUAAGUUUAUGACACAUCCAAAAAAUUCAAACACGGUCUGUCGUCUUAUCGGAAGCAUAACACAGUGCAUAUCAACGUGUUCAGACGGUUAUUCAAUACUCGGUAGACCAUAUUUUGAGAGAGCUUGUCAUAAAAGAAAUGGUUUAUGGAUUCCAAGUCGUCUAGAUGACAAGGAAUUAUUUCCAAGAGAUUGUACAAAAUCUCAGAGUGCUACAUACUUUCAAGAAUUUGUUCUUGAAUAUGGAGAAGAAGAAGCUAGUCUUCCACAAGCAAAGUGUAUAUCAACUUAUCAAGAAUCGGUUAAUGGAAGAUUACAAGCGGUUGCUAAUGAGAUGUUACAAAGUUGUAAAGAUCAAGUAUCAGGAAAUGUUGAUUUAAGUGGAAAGAAUAUAUCCUUUACAAAAGCUGAAGUACAAGAAGGCACUAAUUUCUAUCUUGAAAUCGUCUAUUCUAUCAAUACUCCUCAAGAAUGCGCUGGAUUAAAUAAAGCAUAUUUCAAUAAGAUUAAGACAUAUAAAAUAGCCCAGAAUUUGGCUGUUAUACCUCCUCAUGUAUUGGGCAUCAAUGGAUGUCACAAGAAUAUAGAAGCUAGAAAAACAUCAUCUAGCCUCCCUGAAACAUAUAUAAAAAGAAUAAAUUAUGACCAAUAUACUUGUCCUGCCUAUCUUUUUCUUCAAAUUGAUAAAUGUGAACAUUGUGGAACUGGAAGUUAUAUUAAGGAUAACAAAUGCGUUAGCUGUCCUAGGGGAAGUUUUUCUUUUGAAGAAGAUUCCAGCAAGUGUAGAGACUGUCCACAAGGAACUUCCACAUAUCAAGAAGGAUCUUCGAAACUGUCGCAUUGUAUCGAUCUAUGUCCUCCAGGUUUCUAUUCUUCUACUGGCCUUGCACCUUGCCUCCCUUGUCCCGUUAACACAUUCUGGAAUAGUUCCACUAGUUGCCAGCCUUGCCCUUCUGGUCAGUUUGCUGCUGAAGUAGCAUCCACUCGAUGCUAUGGAUCUUGCGACAAGGGUACAUUUUCUUGGAAUGGAAAUGGUCCAUGUACAGAUUGUCCUAUUGGAUACUACCAAGACAAAAAAAGUGGGCGGGAUUGUUAUAAGUGUACCUCAAAGUCGACAAGAGAAGAGGGAUCAAUUUCUCAAAACGAUUGUUCUUCAAAUAUCGUCCACCUGUGCACACCGAAUCCCUGCAAGAAUGGUGGAACUUGUCAGGCACAAGAUGAUAAAUGCAAAUGCGCAAAAGGUUGGACAGGAUUCUAUUGCGAGAUACAACUUAAGCCAUGUGAUUCAAACCCUUGCGUUAACGGAGCGAAGUGUACUAAUCUUGUAGGAGAUUACAACUGUUCUUGUCCUACAGAGGAUAUCUUUACUAUGAAAUUCGAUAGAAUAGGAGUUUUAGAUCAAAGCGUUGGUUCAGAUUUUACAGCAUUCUUGGAAAAAGAUUGCAUUGGUUUCUGUCAAAAUGAUACAGAAUGUAUUGCUGUUAGCUACAAUCAAAAGCUUCAAAAGUGUAUAAGCUUUAAGAAAUUUUCUGGUGUGUACAUCGACGGCUUUCCAUUUUCAGAGUAUAAUACUUUCCGAAAGCAUAAGGAAAUAAGAGACGUUGGCUUUUCGGGUAAACGUUGCGAAAUACUUCCUGAUAAGUGUAAAGAGUUAAAUUGCUUGAAUGGAGGCAACUGCAAAAGAAAUUCUUAUGGUAGCGAAUGUUUAUGUAGGAAGACUGAUAUAUUUAGCGGAAAGAGGUGUGAAAUAGCUCAAGAUAUAUGCAAAUCAACGCCCUGCCUUAAUGGCACGUGUGAACUUGUAGAUUCGUUAGGUAUUCACAGACGCUGCGUUUGUCUAUCGGGUUACUCAGGCAAAGACUGUGAAAUUAAAGAAGACAAAUGCAAAAACAACCCUUGUUUAUACGGUGGAACUUGUCAACCUGAUAAAGACUUUUAUAAAUGCCUCUGUCCAACAAAUUUUCAAGGUCUUCAUUGCGAACAAAGACCACCAAAUGUUUGCAACAAUAUAGAUUGCGGUGGUAAAGGCACAUGCGUUGAAGAUUUCGAAAACAAUAGGCCUAUGUGUAUUUGUGAAAGUGGUUACACAUCAGAUACAUUUUGGAUGAAAGAAUGGAUCAAUAAUGAUAAAGAUAACCUUGGAGAUGAAUUAGAAAUAACUGCAAUUCUUAUACAAGACAUUCCGUCUGUACCAACAAUUUGUGAUAAAACUGCGCCAGUUGAUAUUGAAUGCCGUAGUACUGUUGAUAGAAAACCAUUCGAUGGUACUUUUAAUGGUCAGAAAUUACAUUUCCAUUCACCUUGCAAACUUGAUGGUGGUCUACAAUGCUACAAGAAAAAUUUAACAUCUGGUCAAUCUUGCCCUGAUUAUGAAGUUAGAUUCGCUUGUUCUGUGACUGCAGUGAAUAAGGGAAUACCAACAUGCCGUAAAAUAGAUUGGUGUUCAGUAAACGAUUGCGGUUCAUUCGGAACAUGCGAUUCAGCCAGGCAAGAAUGCAACUGUAUCAAUGGUUUUACAGGCGCAAGAUGUCAACAUAAUAUUAACGAAUGCGCAAACGAACCUUGUAAGAAUGGUGGAACUUGUACGGAUUCUUUCAAUUCUUAUGCAUGCAACUGCGCUCCUGGAUGGACAGGUUCAACCUGCGAAGAUAGUAUCAAUGACUGUUUUGGCAAAUGUACAGUUGACAAAUUUUCUGAAUGUUUAGAUUUUCAUCAAGAUUUCCGCUGCGUUUGUAAACCAGGCUAUACAGGAAAAACUUGCGACCAAGAUCUUAACGAAUGCCAACCAAAUCCCUGUCUAAAUGGAGCAGGAUGCCAAAACUUACAUAACAGCUAUAAAUGUAACUGUCGCGCAGGUUUUACAGGAUCAAAUUGCGGUGAAAUUAUACAAGAUUAUUGCGAUUCUAGCCCUUGUCUCUAUAGCGGUUCGUGCAUUAAUAUCUUUAACGAUUUCUUCUGCGAUUGUAUUGAUAAUCGCGCUGGUAAAACUUGUCAAACAAACAAUUAUCAAUGCUCUUCGAGUAGAAGAGUAUGCUUAUACGGUAGCUGUUUAAAUAAGGAUGAUGGUUUCUAUUGUUCCUGUCCACAAGAUAAGACAGGACUGGCUUGUCAUCUACGAAAAGAUUUUUGUUCCUCAACCACUAACAUCUGUCAAAAUGGGGGAAAAUGUAUUAAUAAAAAUUACAAUAACGAUUACGAAUGCUCCUGUUUACCAGGAUUUAGUGGAAAAAGUUGCGAAAUUAACAACGACAAUUGUGCUUCUACAAAUUGUGGGGAUGGUAUUUGCGUUGACGGUCAGAAUGAAUACUUUUGUAGAUGUCCACUAGGAAAAACUGGAUUAGGCUGUUAUAGAGAUAUCGAUCGUAAUUUUGAUUUGAAGUUCGAUUCUCCAAUUAAAUCUCAAGCCGAAUCUCUGUUUCCAUUCUUUUUUAACGCCUCAGAAAUUAAUAUAAAUCUAUGGAUAAAAGUAGAUGAUAAAGAUACACAAGAAGACGAUGUUAUCUUGACAUUAUAUACUUCGCAAUCCGACUCUGUUAAUAUAGAAGAUAAAGCUGUCUUAAAACUAACAGUUUCAUCUUUAUAUCUUUACUAUAAUAGGAGUACGGAACCUAUGAAAAUGGCAAUUUCUCAAUCAAAUUUGAUAAAAUUAGCAGAUGAUAAUUGGCAUUAUUUAACUGUAUCGAUAGAGGAGGGUGGUUACGUUCAAUUUUUCAUUGAUGGCGUUAAAACAAGUACAAGUGUACCCGCACUUUAUAGAUAUUAUGAAUUGAAUUUCGGCAUUGAACCGAUGUUCGUUCAAAUUGGUAAUAAAAAAGAAAGAUCAUUCAAAGGAUAUAUCAGUUUAUUGCAAAUUAUUAAUUUUACACCAUCAAGAAAUGAUAUUAUUGAGCAUUAUGCCGAUGAAUCGAAAUUCUAUCCGGAUAAUAGAGUACUUAGCGAUUGGGAAAUAUUCAGAUUAACCGGGAACGUUCGAAGGAUACUCGAUUCCAGAAGAAAGAAAAAGAUAUGUCCAAAAUACUUUUCGGGAUCCAAUUGUCAAAUUAAACGAAAUGUUUCUCCACCAAAUAUUGAACUUUGUCCAAAUGAUUAUGUAAUAACUGUUAAACCAAAAUCAACAGCAAUUGCAACUUGGAGUACUCCAAAAUUUAGUUCAGGAUCUGUUUUCAGCAAUUACAUUUCAGGUGAAUUCUUUGCCGCUGGAAUCCACGAGAUUUACUAUAUCAGCAAAGAUUCAGACGAUAAUACAGCCUUCUGCAAUUUUAAAAUUAUAGCUAGAGAAAAUCAAUGCACUUUGCCAACGCAAUUACCAAACGAAGUUCCAUUAAAUUGCGAUGAUAGCAAUAAUCCUUGGAAGACCUGCCAAGCAACAUGUAAAACCCAAAAAAGUUUCCUUAAAGAAAUACCAAAAUUUUUCACUUGCGGCUUAUCUGGACUUUGGGAUGCUCUAAGUCCAACAAAUACAUUAUCCAUCCCAUUCUGUGGAAAUAAGGAGGACACUUACAAUUAUUAUAUCCAGUUAAAAUUCUAUUAUAACAUUGCUGGUCUUUGCGAUUCUUACAAAAAUGGAUUAAUAAGUGAAUUACGUAAAGCUAUAGUAAAAGUUAAUGAGGAGCAAAUAAUUAGAUCACCAUCCAAUUUUGGAAUGUGCGGAGAGCUACAAUGCGGCUCAGUUAUAAUAUCUGCGAAUUGUAUUAAUGAUGUUGGUGGACCAGGAUCAAGUACAAGAGACGCUGCAGACGUUAUCGUAACUCUACCAAAUUGUCCCAAGACUUUGGCUGGAGGACCUGCCGAAGAGACAAUUAUGACAGAUAUAGUCCAUCAUACAACAUUCGAAAACUUUCCGUAUUCAGACUUUUCUAAUAAAGUUGUGUGGGAUCGUACAAAAUUCUCAAUUUCUCGAGAAGCCAGUUGUUCACUUACCUAUCAAGCAGUCGGCUUAAAAUGCGUUCAAUGUCCUCCUGGUCAUUUUUAUAAUAGCACUAAUCGCCUAUGUCAAGAAUGUGGUAUUGGGAGGUAUCAAAGUCAAGCUGGAAAUCAGUACUGCUUAGAUUGUAAAAAAGGAUAUACCACUAAAACUAAAACCUCGAUGAGUGAAAAUGAUUGCGCUGUAAAGUGCGAAGAUGGAGAGGAGUUAUCAGACCAAAGUGUUUGCACUCCUUGCCCAAUUGGUAAAUAUAGGAUUGCCGCCCAAUCUGAAGAAUGCGUAAAAUGCCCCGAUUCGAGAACAACGAAAAAAACUGGAGCCAAAUCGGCAGCUGAUUGUACACGAAUUGUUUGCAAGGCUGGAGAAUAUAGGGUUGGUGAUGACCCUGGAAUUUGUAAUGCUUGUGAAAUAGGAUACUUUAGUAUUGGUGGUACUGAUAAUUGCGAAAGUUGUUGCGAUAACUGCCCUGAUUCUUCUAAGUGGACAACGAAAAAUAAAGGAUCAACGAGUAGAAAAGACUGUCUAUACAAAUGUCCUGCUGGCACGGAGGUUACUUCAGAUAUAAAUGGUGUAAGGAGUUGCGUUAAAUGUCCUGUUGACUUUUACAAGCCAGUAGGUGAUGAUACAGCCAAGUGUGCGCCGUGCGACGGCGAACGUAAAUAUACGAAGGGGACUGGAAAAAUGUCCAAGGCGGAUUGCCGUCUAAGUCCUUGUACUACUGGCGAAAUAUUCGUUAGUAGUAAUACAACUGCGGAUAGAUGUCAAAUAUGCGAUUACGCAACCUAUCAGGAUAUUAGCGAUCCAAUAAAAGAUGUUACAAAAUGUCAAAAAUGUCCAACAGGCAAAAGAACACGAACGAAAGGAGCAAAAUCGAAUAGAGACUGCAUUAGAUUUUGCCCUGCUGGCGAACAACUUCUUCAAAACAUUUGCGACAAGUGUUUUCACGGUUUCUAUAAAGAUAACGAUGAAUCUGAUGAAGCUCCAUUCAGACCUUGUUCACAAUGCCCUCUUUUAAAUCAACUAUUGGACCUAAUAAUGAUACCAUUCUCGUUUAAACUGAGAGAAACUUGGGAGAUUGAAUACUCGGAUAAGUUUUCUAAUGAACAUUUAAUCUUAAAAUCGGAUAUUACUCUAAAUCUUACAAGUGUUCUUGGAACAACUGCCGGUUUUCAAUUCUUAGUUAUUAAUGAAUUUUAUCCGGGUAGUAUAGUUGUUAACGGAACGAUGUUUUUAUCAAGACAAGAUUUUACCACGGAUCCUAUUGAUAAGAUAAUAGAUAUUGUGAAUAGCGGUAAAUUAAAACCGUAUAAUACAGAGGAAGGUUCUACAAAAUUUCCAAAUAAUGACUAUUGCGAUAAAGGAUAUUAUUAUGAUUCGAAAAGAUCUAUGUGCUUACCAUGUAGCAAAGGAUAUUUUAAGGAUAAAGAGGGAAAAGCCGAAUGCACAAAAUGCCCUACCGGAGAUACAACAGCGAAAUUUGCUUCAACUGAAUCAAGCGAUUGUAAAGAUGGAUGUAGCCUUAUCGGUGAUGCUUUCUGCCAAUCUCGGGGAGUUUGUCAAUCCAGCGUAUGCCGUUGCGAGGAUGGAUGGAAAGGGAGGCAAUGCGAGACUGCUGUUCCAGCAGACACUAAUACAGAUAUGAUUCGAUACGGCGUUAUUGGAGGAGUUUCUGGCCUUAUUCUUAUUGCUUCGAUAGCUAUAGGCUAUUGCCUAAUUCGUAGGCGUGUAAUUGCUAAGCAUAAGAAGAAGAAAUUAGAAGAGCCGGAAGAGAAAACCAAAGAAAGUAAAAAGAAGGAAAAGCUAAAGAAAGAAAAAACUAAGAAACAGAAGGAUGGAGUUAAAUUCAAUCCAGUAGAGGAAAUCGUUCCCGAAACAAAAUCUCAAUUGAACGAUGAUAAAUCAACUGAUAUUGAAUCAAUUGCACCUUCAAUGACAAUGGAAUUACAUUAUCGACCGAUGGGUGUUGUCUCGCCCAGUACUCGUUCACUCUUCUCUGACGCGUCGUCAUUAAUACAAUCGCAAAAUGCCACACUCCCAAAAGCUGAAUACGUAUUCUACGAAAAUAACGAAAGUCAAAGUGUAACUAGUUCAUAUUCAACCCAACCGAGAAAACCACCUCCUGAUCCUCCAAAAGUCAAACCGGGAUCCGUAAUAGCAAGAGCAUUCGUUAACAACGAUGAUAUGGAUAGAGCAGAUUACGAGAAUGCGGAGAGAUCUUCAGAAUAUUAUAACGUUGCUAUGGAUAAUGAUGAUGAUGAAAGAGAGUAUACAAAUGUAGCACCGACGAGACCAAGCUUUAAAAGAAGAUAA